UUUAAUUAUUGUAUUUAUAAUUCGUUUUCAGCUGAACUUAGUUCAUUAAGCAACUUUCCUACUUUAAAAUGGUGCUAGAAAUAGGCAAAGAACCACAUCCAGCAACGCAGCUGCAGCAGCGUGAAAACCAUACAAACGCCGUUGCCAACAAGGAAGAUGAACUGGAACCAAUCAUAGAAGCCACCGACACUAGCGGCAGUGUACUCUUCGAUAAAGUCUACCAAAUGAUGGAGAAGUUCGCAUCAACGCGCAUCGGUCAAUUUGCGCUGGAGCGUGGUGAUCGAGUGCUUCGCAUCUUUGAGGAUACCGCAAAGUGGAGUUUGCCACAUGAUGUUCCCUUGGUGCGUCCAUUACCGUGGUUACCAUUUCUUAUGGUCAUCAUACUUCUACGCCAAUUUCGUAUCUGGCUAUCGCUGGGUGCUCUGCUUAUAGGUAAUGGUCCAGUUACCGCCCACAAUCUUGUCUAUUUUAUACAAACGCGUCGUCGUAAGCUGCGCUCAAUUCGCGUACACGGUCUUAAGGCGAUACAACAACGCGAACAUACACGCAAAGCGCUGAAAAAUGAAAAAGUUGGCGGAUUGAUGGUUAAGUUGGGACAGCUCUUUACGAUCGCUUUGUGCCGGCCGCGUAUUAAUUGUGAACCCGCCGGCGUAGUCUUUGCGGCACACAAAACUGGCUUGCAGGAAAUACUACAGUCUCGUGAAUCUCCACGUUUCACUUAUAAACGCCAGCGUGAAGAUGAUGCACCCGAAGCGGAUUUGAGCUGCAGUGAUUUGCUAUCUAAAUAUGCGAACGAAAGCUCUGCUGAUGACUCUGACUAUGUACCGAUUCAAGAGGAAGAAGACACCAACAAUGAAUCCACUCAAUCUGGCAUUAGUUCAAAUGAUACACAGGGAGAAUAUAAUAUGGAUAGCAGCGAUGAGAAUGCCAAAGGCCUAAACUUG